CCUCUAUGGAGACAUUACUACCAGAACACACAAGCGCUCGUGUUCGUCGUCGACUCGAACGACCGCGAGCGCGUCGGAAUCGCGCGCGACGAGCUGCGCGACGCGCUCGUGCUCGUCUACGCGAACAAGCAGGAUCUGCCGCACGCGAUGAGCACGGCGGAGCUGACGGACCAGCUCGCGCUGCACACCCUGCGCAGCCGCAAGUGGUAUAUCCAGGCGACGUGUGCGACGACAGGAGAGGGCAUGUAUGAGGGGCUGGAUUGGCUCACGCAGAAUAUGAAGCGCCAGAUCUGAUUUUCCGGCUCCCACAUCGAUACCCUCUCUUUUUCUUCCUUCUAUUCCAUUGCACGGGUGCAUCACUUUCUGAGGUCGAUAUGUAUAACGUGUCACCGAAUAUCAUGGCUCCACGUGUGUUCGGUAGAUUCGGAUAUCAUGGCUAUAUCAAUCUGACACGAUCAGACGAGCGUG